UUUUUUUUAAUCUAUUUUCAUAAUAAUAACAAUAAGUGUACCUCCAAAAACAAUGGCAGGUUAUCCACAUGAAAAAGCAUCUUCCUCUUAUACAAGUAGUUCAAGUCAACAAGUGAUUAGCAGACCUGUACGACAACAUCUUGUACAUGUAUUUCUUACAAUAGCCGCUCUCCUUGGUGUUGCCGCUAUUGGUGCACAUUAUGGUGGUCCUUAUUCACGACUAUCUGCUCUAUCUGGAGGAGUCAUUGAAACUGGUGCAGUUAUUGGUAGUGUAUUUGGUAUACGACAUUUAAGACAAGAUCAUAUUCUACGCUGGGGAUUACUCUUCGUAUAUGCACUCUUUAGUGGUUCAUCUUUAUCCAGUUUGGUGGCAAUAUAUCUUCGAUGGGAUCCUACUGGUACACUUCUUCUUGCAGCAUUGAGUGGAUCGGUGUUUAUCUUUUUGGGAUUUGCAGGUAGUGCAUUAUUGGCGAAUCGUCGAAGUAUGCUUUAUUACGGUGGUAUGGCGGGUAGUUUACUUGGUAUCAUGAUCUGGGCGUCCUUUGCCAAUCUCUUUUUUAUUCGAUCUUCUUCCAUGUUCUCGGCUGAAUUAUACCUUGGAUUGAUUGCCUUUGCAGGAUUUGUGGUUUACGAUACUCAAAUGAUUGUGGAAAGGGCAAGUGCUGGCAUUUUUGAUAUUCCAGGUCAUGCAUUGGAACUUUUUAUGGAUUUGUUUGCUCUUUUUGUACGAUUGGCAUUGAUCAUUUUACGGAAAGAAGAAGAACGAGAACGCAAUGGUGGAAACAGAAGACGACAACAACGAAGACGUCGACAAAAUCAAUGGGAAUCAAGUUUAUAGUGGUCAGUUUAUUUUAUCUUUUUAGUAUAAAUUUAAUUGUAUAUCAUUCUCUCUCUCUCCCCUUUUGUAGUAAUAGUCUUUUUUUUUUAUUAUAAUAAUAAAAAAAAAUCAAAAAAUUGAUAACGUUUAUUCAUU